AUGAUUGUUAAUUAAAUUUAUUAACCAGUUGAAUUCAUUUAUUCAUAUACGAUAGGUGGAAAGGAACAGUAGCAUUUAUAACUAAAAAAUCAAUUGCCUUAAAAGAAGAGAAAUCUUACAGAAGAAGAUAGAAGGAAAAUAAAAAAUGAAAUCUAAAAUGAGUUUAACAAAAAGAAAACUCUUAAGAAAAAAAUACAAAAGCAAAUUAUUAUAAAAGUAAACCAUAAAAAAUACUUAAAAUUAUUUAUUAAAUUGAAGAGUAGAAAAAAUAAAGUGAAAAAACUAUUACUUGGAAAGAAAAUUAAAAUCAUAAAACGAGAGAGAAUCUUCCAAUUGGCUUAGGAUGAUGUAGAUUAGUAGGUAAAAGUGAAGGAUGCCUAUGAUAAAGAAUAUGAUAAGGAAGAAGAGAGAAAAAUAAACUUUAGAUUUUGA